CUUUUUACUAUGGGUAAACUGACUCAAAUGUGCUGGUUUGACUUUGGAAGCUUGCAAGUGGAGGGAUGUUCCUUGCAACACACUCUCUGGGGGCAAGGUUGUCCUUUGAAAUAUCACUGACUUCCCUGAGAGACAAAACUCUUGAAUCAAAACCUUUUGGGGGGUCCCAGGCCCUGAUGAGGUACAGACUGUUUGCCGUGGUAUGCUCUGGAACCCGCCCCGGGACUGGGAAAAUAUGUGACGAUCGUAGCCUGACUGGUCAGCAGGCAUGUGUCGCAAUGUGGGUUCCUGGGUGGCUUUUGCUUCCUCUGGAGUUAUCUGCCCUUGGUUGUAGAGAGCCUUUUGCGACACCGAGGCAGGGCCUUCAGCGAGUAAAUGAUAAGCUCUCUGCUCCAGGCAUGUCCCAGCUUGCCUCAAGGCCACAGAAAAGGGAGAGGCCCGCGAUCACAGGAAUGCCUGCCUGGCACUCCCUGCCUGUCUUAUGACUAUGACUCACCUCUUAUUUCUAACCGGAGGCCCUUCCAAAGGGGAGAGUCCUCAAGCUAAUCGCUAGCAGGCCUUGACCGAAGCCUGGAUUGCCUUCAUUGGCUCUGCUCUGCAGUGAUAUCUUGUCCUCUAAGAGGGCAUAGAUUUGCCAGCUGUGCAGAAGAAUCCCGUCGUCCUGCUGUUUUAUUUUAAAUUUUUAAAAACCCUUCUCCUUUCUGGGAAAGGUCAAAAUCGAAGAUGGCGUAUUUAGGCAGCAUAUUGCAUGUGCCCUUUGAGUUCCUACUGUGUUCACAGGGAAUUCCCUAGUGUAGAUACGUAUAGGAUUGGUAACCUUGCGUGCUUGAGCUUUAAUGGGUACAUGUGUGCCAGUCUCUCCCCCCCCUCCCCCACCCUUGCAUCAUUAGGUACAGGCUUUGCUUUGAAAUAAACAAGUGCUCGAGGAUCCCAGGAGUUGUUUGCCUGGACAGCAGGUGAAAUUUCAUUAUCGUAUGACAUUUCCUAAGGAACUGCACAAAAUUAUUUCAAAGUGUGAUGCUUGAUAGCAGUGUUGAUCUCUGUAUCUGCCUGCUUUCCCCUGCUCAGCCCCAAUUAGAGCCCCCGAACUGUGUCCGCACAUCCACCUUGGCGUACCCUCUCUGCGAGUUUCAUUUGAGAGAGAGGGGCCAGCUGAAAAUGUUGAGUUGGAGCUGGAUGAGAUUUUCCGCUAAUGGAGGAUGGGGGCGAUUUCUGUUGAUUCUGAUCUCCAGUUCACCCCUCAGGCUGUUCCCAGGGGGGGUCCCACAGCAGCAGCGUUUUGUGGAGAUGGGUGAGCUGUGGGGUGACAGGAAGGUCUGUUCCAUUUGUGCCUUCCGCUAUCAGGAAUGGAUCCAGUCCAUCAUUUUGCUGAGAUGUUCACUUUGAUACGUAGCCCCCCGCCCCACCAUACAACUUUUGUCUGUCUUGCUCCUAGAAUAAAGAGAUUUAUAUUUUUACCAUGUUGGUAGCGGUAACUCUGUCACAUGCAUUUCUUUUUAUUAGUAAGAUUAUUUGAUUGUCAGUUCAAAAAAUAAAUGCUGUUUAAAAUGUUUCCUGACGCGCAUGCUUUUCUCUCCGCGAUACAGCCUGGCUGUACGUUAACCAUGAUGGCAGAAUCGCUGCCCUUCUCUACGGAGACCCCAGUGCCCAGCUGGGAGCUGGAGGCCUGGUACGAAGACUUGCAGGAAGUGCUUUCGUCCGAUGUCACCAUCAGGGCAGGCCCCCCUGUAGGGGGAGAACAGCAGAAGGAGUUUGAUGGGCCUGACAGUUCGGCCCUGCUGUGGAGCUUAGAGGCCUCAAAUCCCUUGGAGGCCAGCAGCGGCGAGGCAGCUGGAAACUGCGAGCUGGAUCUCGAUCUUACAGCCGAACUUCUGGAACUGCUAGGCGAGGAGCCAGCUGGCGCUGCCGAGUCCGACUGCAGCCACAGCUCCCCGGCCCAGACCGGCACGGACGAUGAAGAGGGAGUGUCUUCCAGCCGCAAGAGGAAGUGGAGUGGACAGCCUCAGGGCAGCAAGAGGCAACGAGGCAGAGAAAGGGAGCAGGAGAACGAGCGCCGCGUGGCAGAGCUGACUGCCCAUAACCAGCGUCUCCAGCAGGAAAUAGAGCGGCUGAGCACAGAGGUGGAGGCGACCAGAGCCGCACUCAUCCAGAGGAUGGUGAACCUAAAGACUUAAUGGAGGUGUGCGGCACUCUAUGCCAGUACUAAAACUGGCGCCUCUUUGCCCACUGAGAAUGGACAAAACAAGGUUAAGAUUUUGCCAUUGGCAAAGCCGGGCAUAUGUGAACUUGACUCAGCAGGCUGAGGCUGGACCUUAUCUACACAGUAUCACCUUCCUUUGGACUUUAAUGGAUUGUUUUUUUCCUUUGGCUAGUGGGCCUGCUUCACAGAACUGAACCACAGGGUGACUGUGAAGACCACUUGAGUUGAAUGAACAAUGCUGGUGCCGACACUCCCAGUUUUGGUGUUUCAGGCCUGUUGGCUCCGGGUGGGCAACUAGUUCAACUGGAUCACUUUAUUAACUAGCUGCCACUUGCCAAGGGGUGGGGGGAACAACUUGCAUAUAAAUCUGCAUACAAUAAUAACUUUCGUACUAACACCUGUAUUCUUAAACAAUAAAAUAUUUAUUUCUC